GGUACUUUCGGGGCUCGGCUACAGUAAGUCUGGCGCUAGUGCAGAUCCACGGACACCUUUCCUUUCUCCAUCAUGCGCGCCCUCCAGGAAUCAAAUCAGAGAUCAUCCUUCAUCAUGGGGACGGAGCCGACCACCAUCCACACCACCCCCCUACUAGUCGACGACCCUAAGCAAAGAAAUGGAAAUCUCCGUCCGGUAUCAUGGUGGUAAUCGAAUCGAACUCUGGGCUGGACCUACUUUACCAUCUGGCUUGCACUUACGCCAGCAGCCGAUCUUUCUCUUCGGGGUGGAACCCCCAAGGCUCCGUCCUGGUUUUACCUGUCACAACGAUCCCAUGCCCCAUAAACGGCUGAUCGUUGCCGCACGAUCACGCUGCUGCUGGCUGGCUGUUGCUGUUGCUGCUGGCUGCUUGCUGUUGCUGCUUGAGAACCUGAUCUCAUGUGGUUCCAGCUUGCUUCCAACCAGCUUUCAUGGUUGUCCAGUCCUGUCUGUCCAAUUCUGGGUCCUUCCCCCCUCUCUCCUCUGCUUUCCAUACACGGCCCCCUCCCUCCUCCUUCUCCCCGUAGAUCCUGUGUGUUCGGGGCCCUCGGUGGGCGAAACUCGGUGCCUAAGGUACCCCUCCCUCCUUCCCACUUGGCUGGUUCCCUCCCGGUACUUGUCCGUGACCCAACUGUGCAACCCUGGUCCAGCAUGGCUCAGAUCACCGGUUUGAGGGGAAGAGGGGGGAGGGGAAGAGGCAGACACACUUACAUACACACAGAGGGGGAGGAAAGCAAAAGGAGAGAAGGAAUCCAAUCUAUUCCCAGAUCCCAACCCUGGUUGGUCUCAGUUUCCAUCUCCGUUCUUUCCGUAUUCUAGCGGUCGAUUAAACAUCCCUUUCUGGAAAGCAAUCUGGAAAGGUGACCCUGAUUCCAUUCCAUCCAUCGUGUUCUUUCUUUAAAUUAAUUAUUGUUA